CCGCUCCGGACCGUUAGCAGCUCCGGACCCCCGUCUCUGUCCGCUUCCCCGUCACCGCCAGAACCAGCGGUCGAACCGGAGCCAUGGAGGCCGACUGCCGUUCUCUGGACAUCUUUGAGGGACCGGACAGCAUUCAGAUCAAGCCGGAGCCUGAUGAGGAUGUGGAAAUCUGCUCUUAUCCCUUCUUGAAAAAGCUGUCCAUCAAAUUGACUGAUUGCAAGGAAUGGCUAGAGGGGCGGGACUUCCUGUCUCUGGAUGAUCACCCUCAGCUCUGUGAGCCACGGCAGCCGCUCCUCACCAACUCAGGCAAGAAGAUGAUCUUCUGCCCAGAGUGUGAGAGGGGCUUUUACAAGGAGUCCCACCUGGAGGCUCACCUGCACACCCACCAAGGACAGAAGGCCAAUGAGUGCUGGCACUGCGGGAAGACCUACCCUACUCUGAUUAGUCUGGUGGUCCACCAGCAGAUCCACGACCGCAGCGAGCCGUACCGCUGCUCCUACUGUGACAGGACCUUCGCCCUGAAGAGGGACUGGAAGACCCACCACCGCACGCACUCAGGGACCAAACCCUUCAAGUGCUGGUUUUGUGGGGACGGCUUUGACCAGCAGGAGGACCUUGCUGUGCACCUCCAAGUGCAUAAGGGGGAAAAGAGCUACUGCUGCACCACCUGUGGGAAGAUGUUUGUGUCUUAUCAAGGUUUCAGCUUUCAUCGCAAGUCUCACAAGGCCUCCAAGCUGCUUCCAUGCACCAAGUGCUCCAAGACCUUCAGCAACCCUCAGAGCCUGAAGGUCCACCAGGCCACCCACUCUAGCAGGAAGCCGCACGUCUGCCCCACCUGUGGGAAGGGCUUCAAGCUGCUGAGCGGCCUGCGCUGCCAUCAGCGGACACACGAGGACCUGAAGGAGUAUCACUGCGACGAGUGCGGAAAGUGUUUCUCUAGCUUGCAGGGCCUGAAGCUGCACGACCGCACCCACACCGGCCUCAAGCCCUACAAGUGCUCCGAUUGUGGUAAGAGGUUCACGCAGUCGCCGCAUCUCAAAGCGCACAUGGUGACCCACACGGGCGAGCGGCCCUUCCUCUGCACGACCUGCGGCAAGAGGUUCACCCAGUCCUCCCACCUGCGCUCCCACAUCAAGCUCUUCCACGUGGGGGAGAAGCCCUUCACCUGCGACGACUGCGGCAAGAGCUUCACCAUCGCCCACUACCUGAAGAUGCACCGCCUCAGCCACACCAAGGAGAAGUUCUACCAGUGCUCCUACUGCCAGAAGGCCUUUUCCUACCACAACUCUUGGAGGGCCCACGAGAGGAUCCACACCGGUGAGCGGCCCUUUAGCUGCCAGGAAUGCGGCCAGAGCUUCAUCACCUCCGGCUCCCUGCUGACUCACCAGCGGGCCAAGCACACAGGUGAGAAGAGCCAUUACUGCAUCACCUGCGGCGAGUUUUUCCUCACCAGCUCACUGCUGCGCGUUCACCAGCUGGACCACACCGGUGAGCGGCCGCACGCCUGCAGCUGCGGCAAGACCUUCAAGACCAAAGGAGUGCUGCGCCAUCACCUCAAGAGGUUCAAGCUUCACCAGGCUGCAACGCCGCUGCUCCCCUAGGACGCCGCCUUCUGAGGGAGGUGGAGACCGCACUAGUAACUGCCAUAGCAGCACGGUGGAACCAAAUGCCGGCAACUGAGCUGAGGAAGGUCACAUAUUUAUUUUCUGCUUAACACUUUCAUUUAGCGCCAACAAAGUCUGAACUGAAGUGUCUUUGUGUUCUUCAGGCUGCUUUAGUAUCCCUGUAUGCAGUUUUGAGUGCAGGCAGUGUGGAGGCUCGUCCUCCAACCUAAGAGAGCCACCAUUUAGAAAUGGUGCUGCAGGGGGAGUGUGAUCAUCUACUGAUGAAAGAUGCAGGCGAACUCUCACUUGGAACCCCAAAAAAACGGACGUUUGAUAGCAAACCGAGUGCAGCUUUAAGGAGUGCCUUCUGCUUGAUUUCUCCGACUCAGCAGAUCUUUGGGACAGGAGUUACGCACCAAAGUAACCACAGUCUCUGCAGCAGACGCCUUGGUAUGUCUGGCAUUUAUGAAAGGUACAACAGUAUGCUGUAAAGCUUUAUAAGAAAAGUAAUCAAAUAAGGCUUUGUAAUAACAUGUGGUGGGCUGAUGAAUGCUUAACCCCUUUGAGCUGCAGUGUCCUGCACAACCUUUGAAGAGCAACAUGACGCCUCACACAGUCAUUCAUGGGCCAAGAAGAAAAAAAACUGAAGAUGAUCAGAAAAGUUCAGUGAGACCUGAUCAGGAAGUUUGCAGGUCCACCUUUAGUCAUAUGAACCAACUCUCUGUACGUAAAAUCCAGAUUUAUGGAGAGUUUACUGGAGCCAGGCCCUCUUAAAACCUUUAUUAGUUUACACAAACAUGGUCUGUAGCGAUACAUAUUUAUAAAGUGGUUUAACCUGGA